GCGUGGGUGGUGCUCGCCCGGCGGUCGUCUGUUUGGGUUCCGGGCGCCGCAGCUGCGCGAAGGCUUGGCCAGCUGACGCGGACGUCAGCGUCGGCCGGAGACGAGUGGCGGCCGGGGCGCCCGUGACCGACUGUGUCCCGGUAUUUCUGUGUGGUGGAAGAUGCCAACUGAACUUAUCACAUUCACUGCAAGUCCCCUGAACCUCAGAAGAGUGAGCCAGGAAGGCAGACAGGCUUGUGUCCUUUCUAUUCUUCCUCAGCACAGUAAGAACAUGAAUUAUGGAAUUUCUUAAGUGAAGCAUUCAGGAGUGAAAUGAGAGAAUGUCACAUAGAAAAUAAGUGAUUUUUAAGUUAUGUCUAUUAAUUUGACUCUAGAUAUAUAUAUUUACCUCCUUAGUAAUUCAAGAAGUCUUUGUGGGAUUCAGAGAAGCAAACAGCUGCAUUUUGUAUGUUCUAAACAUGACUGGCGAAUGACCCAUAUCAGUGUGCACAGAGAUUUUCACACAAGUAGGAGAAGCUGUCAAUGGAGCCGAGGCGAAGCUGGCUACAGUAAGCGUUGGCACUCUCCAGGCAGCCAUGGCUUCCAUACCGGAACUUUGAAACUCUGCACCUCUACUCCCAAGGGACUUACAAAAGUGAGCCUUCGUAUGUCCCGUAUUAAAAGCACUUGGAAUUCUGUUUCAAAGGCUAUUUUUGGCAGUCAAAAUGAAAUGUUUUCACGGUUAGCUCAAUUUAAGCCAAAUUCUCGAAUAUUAAGAAAAGUAUCAGAUAGGGGCUGGUUAAAACAAAAAAAUGUUAAACAAGCCAUUGAAUCUCUGAAAAACUAUAGUGAUAAAUCAGCAGAGAAGAAUUCUUUUGCCGAACAGAAAAGUUACAUUGCAGAUAAAGAAGAAGACACAGAUAAACGGAGCCUUUUCCAUUACACAUACGGUAUAACCGCCAGAUUUGGAGAGUCAUUCUACUUUUUAGCGAACCAUAUUAAUUCAUACUUCAGUCGCAAGGAAAGUAUGUCUGAAACAAAGGAAGAUAAACGUCUUCAGGACAAGCCAGACCUUGAAGAAGAGAAAUCCAGUUCUCCUGCCCCUGACAUCUUGACAGAUGGGCCAGACUCAGGAUCUCCCCUAGAUGCUGGGGACAAACCUUCCAGCCCUAGCCGGAUGCCUGAGGUUCUUCCAGUGUCUGCAAAGCAAAGUAUUGCUAACUUCCUUUCUCGUCCCACCGAAGGCGUACAAGCCUUAGUCGGUGGUUACAUUGGUGGACUUGUACCCAAAUUAAAGUCUGACUCAAGGAGUCCGCCAGAAGGAGAGGAAGAGCCUGCGAAAACUGAGCAAGCUGUCAGCAAAGACAAGAAGGCCGAGGAGAACAAGCGUAUGUCUCUCCAGCGAGAAAAGAUUAUUGCAAGAGUGAGUAUUGAUAACAGAACUCGAGCCUUAGUUCGGGCCUUAAGAAGAACAGCUGACCCAAAGCUCUGUAUUACUAGGGUUGAAGAACUGACUUUUCAUCUUCUAGAAUUUCCUGAAGGAAAAGGAGUGGCUGUCAAGGAAAAAAUUAUUCCAUAUUUAUUACGACUUAGACAAAUUAAGGAUGAAACUCUUCAGGCUGCAGUUAGAGAGAUGUUGGCCUUAAUUGGUUAUGUGGAUCCAGUGAAAGGCAGAGGAAUCCGCAUCCUCACGAUCGAUGGUGGAGGAACAAGAGGUGUGGUUGCUCUUCAGACUCUGCGGAAGUUGGUUGAACUUACUCAGAAGCCAAUUCACCAGCUCUUUGAUUACAUCUGCGGUGUAAGCACAGGGGCUAUAUUAGCGUUCAUGCUGGGAUUGUUUCACAUGCCGCUGGACGAAUGUGAGGAACUCUAUCGAAAGCUGGGCUCAGAUGUGUUCUCACAGAACGUCAUUGUCGGGACCGUCAAAAUGAGUUGGAGCCAUGCAUUUUAUGACAGUCACACGUGGGAAAAGAUCCUUAAGGAUAGAAUGGGAUCUGCACUAAUGAUUGAAACAGCGAGAGACCCAAAAUGUCCUAAGGUAGCUGCUGUAAGUACCGUAGUAAACAGAGGACAAACACCCAAAGCCUUUGUGUUCAGAAACUACGGUCAUUUUCCUGGCGUCAACUCGCACUAUUUAGGAGGCUGUCAGUAUAAAAUGUGGCAAGCCAUUAGAGCCUCCUCAGCUGCUCCAGGCUACUUUGCAGAGUAUGCGCUGGGCAAUGAUCUUCAUCAAGAUGGAGGUUUGCUUCUGAAUAACCCUUCAGCCCUGGCCAUGCAUGAGUGUAAAUGUAUCUGGCCUGAUGCACCAUUAGAGUGUAUAGUAUCCCUGGGCACCGGACGGUAUGAGAGUGAUGUGAGAAAUACAUCAACGUACACAAGCCUGAAGACUAAGCUCUCUAAUGUUAUCAGCAGUGCUACAGAUACAGAGGAAGUCCAUAUAAUGCUGGAUGGUCUGUUACCUCCUGAUACAUAUUUUAGAUUCAAUCCUGUCAUGUGUGAAAACAUACCCCUAGAUGAAAGUCGAAAUGAAAAGCUGGACCAGCUGCAGCUGGAAGGGAUGAAGUAUAUAGAAAGAAAUGAACAAAAGAUGAAAAAAGUUGCAAAAAUAUUAAGUCAAGAGAAAACAACUCUUCAAAAGAUCAAUGAUUGGAUAAAAUUAAAAACUGACAUGUACGAAGGCCUUCCAUUCUUUUCAAAAUUGUGAGAAGGGUAUAUACAUAUAUUCUCAUAAGUGAAGCCCAUCAGAAGACCCACCAAAUUUAGUGAGGAACUGUGUGCUUCAACAUGAGUUUUCUGUGGGAUACUGAAUGAAUUGUGGGAAAUCCUGAAACAGAUGAUGCUUUGAACAGGUUGCACCUCACAGAAGAUAUGUUUGAUUACAGAAGUCAUAUGGGAAUUAAGUACUUAAGAUGUUCAUAACCUUUAGGCAUUUUAUUACUGUGCUAGUUGGUUUUAGUAUCUAUUGGUCUUAAAUUGUUUGAUGUUUGAAAAUUUAUUAAUAUAUGUGCCAAACAAGAAAUGGGAAGUCUUGUACUUAGUGCUUUGCUUUUAGUUGUCUAAAUCAUGUGGAAUUUGUGUGACCAUUGAUUUUCUUUUGUGUCAAAAGCUGAUUUCUCUUGACAUUUACACUACUCAGCAUUUCACUAGGUGCACCUACAAUCCAUGUGUUACCUUUCACUGUAAUAUCCUUUAAAGAGAUGUGAAAAUGGGAUUUUCUUUGUUAAAGUACCUGUAUGUUUGAAAUAGGAAAGAACUGGAUACAGUUUUCUAUUUUAAAAGAUCGGUGAAUUUCCAGUGAACUAACUUUCCUCUUGAGAUUUCAAGAUAAUGUUCACUUUUCUAGAACGAAUGCUAUCUUUUCAUUCACUCUUACAGAAUCAAUUGUUUGAUUUUACUGAGAAAAUAUUCUUAUCAUUAACAGAAAUAAACUAUUGAAGUGAUCAGCUCUGCAAGGCUAAUACCGUUUUAAAGUUUUAUAUUGCUCAUAAUGAUUGCCCAAUUCCUUGUAGCAUUUAUGAAGAAAUGUUAGUCUACUUAGAUUUACUUCAGUAAUACCUUUAACUAUUUGGGUUUUACCAAAGUCAAAAUGUGGUUCUGUAGGCCAAAUAAAUUCUUCUUUGCUGUAUUA